AUGGAUGGAAAGGCAAAGGCAGAAAGGAAAAAGAAUCCCAGAGAAGGAGCGAAUCCUCUCAGUAUUCUAACAUUUGCGUAAGUUUCAAGUCAUCAUUCAGUGAUACGUUCAUUUUUUCUGGUGAUAAAGAGGUGGCAGUGUUUCAUAAAUAUCUCUAAAUCAGAUAUAAAAAAGGUAUAAAAGAUAUAAAAAAGUCUUAUGUAAACUGAUAUAACCAAGUUAUCUUCAACUUCAUUAUUAAAUCAAUACACAGCAUUUUGAAUGAUUUAUGUUAUCUGCUAUUUUAAGGCAGAAUUUCAUGAAAGAACGUUUUCACUAUUUUUAAUCUAUUAGUCAGUUGACAUUGAUAUUAGCCGUUCCAAGCCAGAUAAUAAUUGUAUCUUGUAGCAUUUGGUUCAGUCAUCAUUGACUGAUAAAGAUAGUGAAAUGUAUAAAAUGCUAAUACACUGCUGCUAGUACUUCAAUCACUGAAAUAACAUUGAAAACUUUCGUCUUAAUAACGAGAAUUUCAUUUCCGUUGAUAGAUUUACAUUGCCCACAUUUUGGAAUGGUUAUCGCAAAGACUUGGAAGUAACUGAUUUGUACAAACCUUUGAAAGAACAUACCAGCAGCUCUUUAGGUACAAAGAUAUCGAGAAUAUGGCAAAAGGAAUGCAAAGCAUGCGAACAGAAAUUAUCGAACGAAGGAAAGGAUAGCGAUGACAGAAAACAUGCUGGGAAAAAGAAGUUAAAGCAACCUAGUUUAGUAAAGGUCCUUAUGAAAUGUUUUGGAGUUCAGUUAAUAUUGUACGGAGUAUUUUUAGCUGUUUCGGAUAUUGUGUUUAGAAAAUCCAUUUAUGAAUCUGAUUAUUUAUUCAGAUUAUUACAACCCUUGUUUAUUGGUCUUUUGAUUCGUUACUGCAAUAAGACGAAACUUGAAUCUAUGCCAUUGCAUAUUGUAACGACCAGAUUGCACAAUUCUUCCAAUUCGCAAGUUCGUGAAAUCGACGAAGCGAUGAAACCGAUACUGCAGCCAAUACUGAUUGGUCGACUGUUACAAUAUUACAGUAACAUUUCGGCAAUGACAAAAGAAGAAGCCUAUUUGUACGCAGGUGGUGUCGUAUUGUGUUCAGCAGUCUUGAUAUUUAUUACUCAUCCAUACAUGUUGGGAGUUCUUCACAUUGGAAUGAAGAUGCGUAUAGCUUGUUGCACGUUGAUCUACAGAAAAGUGUUGAGACUGUCAAGAACUGCCUUGGGUGAGACAACAGUAGGACAAGCAGUGAAUCUCUUAUCAAACGAUGUUAACAGAUUUGAUAUAGCACUUGUACAAAUACAUUACCUAUGGAUUGGACCGCUUGAAACUUGCAUCAUAGCAUAUUUAAUGUACAAUGAGGUUGACCUAUCUGCCUUUUUCGGAAUUGUCGUACUCCUCUUAUUUAUUCCUUUACAAGGAUAUUUAGGUAAAAAGUCUUCGCAAUUCCGAUUGAAAACUGCCCUUAGAACAGAUGAAAGAGUUCGAUUAACCAAUGAAAUUAUUACCGGUAUUCAAGCAAUCAAAAUGUACACCUGGGAGAAACCGUUUAGUCAAUUGAUCGAAAGGGCAAGAAAGAGAGAAAUCAGUGUUAUACGAGGUAUGUCUUUAAUCAGGGGUGUUACUAUGUCUUUCAUCUUAUUCACGACGAGGAUGUCACUUUUCGCUACUAUAGUAGCUUAUAUAAUGUUAGGAAAUAGAAUAACUGCCGAAAAAGUGUUCAUGUUGCAAGCAUUUUAUAAUAUUUUACGAUUGAACAUGACCCGAUUAAUUAAAUCUAAAAAAACAAUCGAUCUCGUAGGAAUAACACAACUAGCUGAAUUGCUGGUCUCUGUAAAACGUUUGCAAAAAUUUAUGUUGUACGAAGAAAUCAACAAAACGAGCGAAGAAGCGGAAUCCAAGAAGAAAGCAUCAAAUGUUGGCAGGAAUAAAAAUGACGUGGACAACGUAGAAACUGAUACGAGCGAGGAAAAACGCGAAACGGCCAGUUCACAUCAAGGAGAACACAUUAUAUUGUUAAAGAAUGUUAAUGCCAAAUGGCUUUCCUACGAGCAGGAAGAUACGUUAAAAAACAUGAACAUCAACGUGAAACCAGGUGAAUUAGUUGCCGUUGUUGGCCAGGUUGGAUCUGGCAAAAGUAGUUUACUUAACAUAUUGUUGAAAGAAUUACCUGUGAACUCGGGUACCGUAGAGAUUAAUGGAAAAAUAACGUACGCUAGUCAAGAACCGUGGUUAUUUGCUGGUGCUGUUAGACAAAAUAUUCUAUUCGGUCGAAAGCUAGAUCAAUUUCGGUACGAUCGUGUUGUUAAAGCCUGCCAAUUAAGAAGAGACUUUAGUUUGUUGCCGUACGGCGACAAAACGAUCGUCGGCGAACGAGGAAUCAGUUUGUCGGGUGGGCAACGUGCCAGAAUCAAUUUGGCAAGAGCGGUUUAUACGGAAAGCGACGUUUACUUAUUGGACGAUCCGUUAAGCGCCGUAGAUGCGCACGUGGGCAAGCAUAUGUUCGAGGAGUGCAUUGUGAAGUAUUUGAAGGGAAAGACUAGAAUUCUCGUCACGCAUCAAUUACAGUAUCUGCCAAAUGUCGAUAGGAUAAUCGUUCUGAAAGACGGGAAAAUCGAGGCUGACGGUUCUUACAACGAGCUCGUUGCGAUGGGAAUGGACUUUGGAACAUUGUUGGACGAUCCCGCCAAUGAAGAAGAGCGAUCAGGCUCUGCCCCCCCUAGCAGGUCUAAUUCUCGAAACGCUAGUAGCACGUCGUUGAGUUCUUUGAAGAGUAACACUACCGAGAAGACGGAACCAAUUGAAGUAGCCGAGACUCGUACGAAGGGCACAGUUUCCGGCAAAGUGUAUGGAGCAUAUUUUCACGCAGGCGGAAAUUGGUGCGUCAUAGCUACGGUUAUUUUGCUUUGCGUGUUGGCGCAGAUGUUUGCCACCUGUAGCGAUUUCUUCAUCUCUCAAUGGGUCAACAUGGAAGAGAAAUACGUGGACGAGCCGGACAUCGAUUCAAAGUGGAACGAGCCGAUAAGUCGUAAUGUUUGCAUGUACGUGUAUACCGGCUUGAUCGUUUCCACGAUUGUCAUUACUCUAACACGUUCCGUUGCAUUCUUUACGACAUGUAUGAAAGCGUCCACCAGGUUACACGAUCGUAUGUUUCGAUGCAUAAGUCGAGCAACAAUGAGAUUCUUCAAUACCAACACGUCCGGUCGAAUUCUCAAUAGAUUCUCGAAAGAUAUGGGCGCCAUCGACGAAUUGUUACCACUAGCUCUGAUCGAUUGCUUCCAAAUUGGCUUGUCUCUUCUCGCUAUCAUAGUCGUCGUUGCAAUAGCCAACUAUUGGCUGUUAAUACCCACCGUGGUCAUCGGAGUGAUCUUUUACUAUCUUCGUAUUUUCUAUCUGGCAACUAGUCGCAGCGUCAAACGAUUGGAAGGAGUUACUCGAUCACCGGUGUUUGCACACCUGAACGCAACCUUGCAAGGGCUGCCAACUGUACGAGCCUUCGAGGCGGAAGAGAUAUUAACACAGGAAUUCGAUCAACACCAAGACCUGCACUCGUCAGCGUGGUACAUAUUCAUCUCUUGUUCGAGGGCAUUCGGAUUCUGGCUGGAUUUCUUUUGCGUCGUCUACAUCAUGUUCGUCACUUUGAGCUUCUUGGUGCUAAACGUUGGUGCAGAGGGUGGCAACGUGGGCUUGGCCAUAACGCAAAGCAUCGGAUUAACCGGCAUGUUCCAGUGGGGCAUGCGGCAGAGUACCGAGAUGGAAAAUCAAAUGACCUCGGUGGAACGUGUGCUGGAGUACAGCAAAGUGGAGAGCGAACCACCGCUCGAGAGCAAGCCGGAUAAAAAGCCCAAGGAAAGUUGGCCCGAGGAGGGUAAAAUUGAAUUUAAGAACGUAGUGAUGAGAUACGCCCCGGACGAGCCCCCGGUGCUGAAAAAUCUGAACUUGGUGAUUUACCCGCAAGAGAAGAUUGGCAUCGUCGGACGAACAGGCGCGGGAAAGUCGUCCUUGAUCUCUGCGCUAUUCCGCUUCGCGUACCUCGACGGUAUCGUGGAGAUCGACGGUGUGAAAAUCAACGAGAUCGGGCUUCACGAUUUACGGUCGAAGAUCAGUAUAAUCCCUCAGGAACCUUUCCUGUUUUCCGGUUCGCUGAGAAAGAAUCUAGAUCCCUUCGACGACUACAGCGACCAUCUGCUGUGGCAAGCAUUGGAGGAAGUCGAACUGAAGGAGAUGGGGCUGGAGGCUCACGUCAACGAGGGUGGUUCGAAUCUGAGUGUCGGCCAACGUCAACUCGUCUGUCUGGCACGCGCUAUCAUUAAAAAUAAUCGGAUCCUCAUUCUCGACGAAGCUACCGCGAACGUCGAUCCGCAGACCGACGAGCUCAUUCAGAAAACCAUCCGCACGAAAUUCGCCAACUGCACGGUGUUGACCAUCGCGCAUCGUCUCAACACCGUGAUGGACAGCGAUCGAAUUUUGGUGAUGGACGCCGGUAAUGCCGUGGAGUUUGAUGUUCCGUACGUCUUGAUCGAAAGGAACGGAUAUCUGAAGAGUAUGAUGAACGAGACCGGACCAGCAAUGGCAGAGGCUCUGAAGCAAAUUGCUCGUGAAUGCUACGAGAAUCGUACGUCGACGACGCUUUGA